CGUCAGGCGGUUUAAGCCGGAAACGGCGGUCGCUUUGGCGGCUGUCGGAGGGGCUGCCAGUGGGUUCGCCGCGGAUCCGAGCAAGACGAGUCUGACCCGGAAGCGGAAAGGCGUGCGUUUCCCCGUCCCAGCUCCGGACACGCCCCAGAGCUCGGCAUCACAUUUCUUAGGCCCGAAAGCAAAGCACUUUACAUCACCACCAUGGACCUGUUGUUUGGGCGCCGGAAGACGCCAGAAGAGUUACUGCGGCAGAACCAGCGGGCACUGAACCGAGCAAUGAGGGAGCUGGAUCGAGAGCGACAGAAGCUAGAGACCCAGGAGAAGAAAAUCAUUGCAGAUAUCAAAAAGAUGGCCAAGCAGGGCCAGAUGGAUGCUGUACGCAUUAUGGCAAAAGACCUUGUGCGCACCCGGCGCUAUGUACGCAAGUUUGUGUUAAUGCGAGCCAACAUUCAGGCUGUCUCUCUCAAGAUUCAGACACUCAAGUCUAACAAUUCUAUGGCACAAGCCAUGAAGGGUGUUACCAAGGCUAUGGGUACUAUGAACAGACAGCUGAAAUUGCCACAGAUCCAGAAGAUCAUGAUGGAGUUUGAGCGGCAGGCAGAGAUUAUGGACAUGAAGGAAGAAAUGAUGAAUGAUGCUAUAGAUGAUGCCAUGGGUGAUGAAGAGGAUGAAGAGGAGAGUGAUGCUGUUGUGUCCCAAGUCCUGGAUGAGCUGGGACUGAGCCUGACUGAUGAGCUGUCAAACCUUCCCUCCACUGGAGGAUCACUCAGUGUAGCUGCUGGUGGGAAAAAAGCGGAGGCCACAGCCUCAGCUCUGGCUGAUGCUGAUGCAGACCUGGAAGAGAGACUCAAGAAUCUGCGAAGGGACUGACCAACCCACCCACCCCCUGGGAUGGAUAGAAUGCCCAGUUUCUACUCCAACCCCACUCAAUAAAAGAUUGGACGCUAA